AUGUCGAAUAUUAACACACCCACUGUCUCGUCUAAACCAACGUUGACCACAACAUCAGCUGCCAACUAUAUUAUUGACCACGAGUCAUCGGAAGAUGAAGCCGAUGAUGGAAUGUAUCAGGGUUCUUCCGAGCUUGUCGUUGCCGAAGACGAUCGAGAAUUGGGAUCAUCAUUUUACAUCAAGGGAGAUACACCACCUCUGCAAGAAUUACUCUCCUCCGACAAUUUAGCAUUAACAAAAUAUACAAUUCUAGUACGGCGUGAUGAUGUCUAUAUUCACACCAAAGUACCAGCUCAUUCUCUCACUCCGAAUAGUACCAAAAAACCAACAUCCGAUAUUAUUGAUCACAUUCCGGGUGUCAUGUUUUUAAUCAAGGACGUGGCACAAAAACAAAAACAACAAAACAUUGCAACAAAUAAUAAUAAUCGCGCCAGUACUGCAAAUAUCAAACAACUCGUCUCUGAAAACAACAACAUUUUGGUCGGAUCACAAACAACACUCAAAUCAUGUUACUAUCUCGUAUGGUGUCCAUAUUCAACACUUUGUACAUUUAAUCCCGAUUUAGUGUUACACGAAAAAUCAAACGGUGUGAUCAUUACUCCAGAAAAAUACAAAAAUAGACUGCCUCAAAAUAAUAAUGACUCGAGCAAUGCAAGACCUGGCCGAAGUAGCAGUAAUAGCAGCAUUAUCGAUUUGAGUCAAAUGAAUUCCAUGAGUGGUACCACUCCAUUGAAUUAUCCAAGAAAUGAAGCAGCCUAUGCUCUCACCAUGAGAACGAUUGAUAUUUCACAUUUCAAGAAACAAGAUCCAACCAUUGGCCAGCACUAUUUGGUCAUUAGCAUGAGAGAUGAAACAGCCUAUCCACCCUUGUUUUUCCACGACGGAGGGUUGGCUCAAUUUAUUGCAGAAUUUAAUCAACAUGUUUCUCUCAAGAAGAGUAAAUCAGAUUCGAAUAUUUAUUUCAUUUCGGCAGACACAUCAGAACCACUCGCAAAGAGCUUGAAUCAAUUUGAUUUUGAUGUUUACUUUGAAGAUGUGUACAAGGAAAAAGACAAGACAUGGCAGUUUUUAGAAUGGGGAGCAAAAAUCACAAAAGGAGCGCGAGAAAUUACCAAUGCUCUGUUCAAUACUGGAGUCAAUAGUGAGCUAGAACUACCUCCACCACCAAAAAAUCCAAGUCCAAAUUUAGCCAUGGAUAUUUUGCAAGCCAAAAAGAAGCUGGCGGAAGAGAAGAAGAAGGCUCCUCCUCCAGUGGUCAUUGAAAAUUUAACUGCUUCUGUAUGUGAAAAUUAUUUAGACUCGACUGAUGAUAUUACCAAAGUUGAAUUUGAACCAGUCACAACCACUAGUACUGCAGCAGCCACAGAAGGUGGAAGCUCCAGUACAGCUCCAACCAGCGCUACAUCAAAACCCGUAUUUGAAGACAACUUUUUCACACCAAGAGUGGACCCUCCUCUCACACGAAAUGAAUGGCUUACUUUCUUUGAUGAAGAGGGAAGAAUAUCUAAAUUUGAAUUUCUGAAAGAACGAAUCUUUUAUGGAGGUAUUGAAAAUGAUAUUCGAAGUGAAGUUUGGAAAUUUUUAUUGGGAUACUAUCCUCACAAUUCAACCUAUGCUGAACGAGAAAUUUUAAUUCCAGAAAAGAAGAAGGAAUAUGAAGCACUUAAAAUUCAAUGGAAGAGCAUAUCACCAAAGCAAGAAAGUCGAUUUUUCUUGUACAGAGAUCGAAAGUCGAGAAUUGAGAAAGAUGUAAUUCGAACGGAUCGUACACAUCCCAUGUACGCUGACGAAAGUUCUGAAUGGUUAGUGAAGCUUAACGACAUACUUUUAUCGUAUACAUUUUAUAACUUUGAUUUGAGCUAUGUUCAAGGAAUGGGAGAUUAUGCUAGUAUUAUGCUCGAAAUAAUGAAAGAUGAGGUAGACACGUUUUGGUGUUUUGCAUGCUUGAUGGAAUCAAGACAAGUCAAUUUUGAGCUCAAUUCUGCAGGAAUGGAGCAUCAACUUGCUUCGUUAGGUUCUCUCAUCAAAUUCUUGGAUCUUGAAUUUUACAACUAUUUGGCAUCUGUGGAUUCUCUCAACCUCUAUUUUUGCUUUAGGUGGGUCUUGGUAGAAUUGAAACGAGAAUUCAAUUUUGAGGAGACGAAAGAUUUAUGGGAAAAGUUUUGGACUCAGUACUAUGGAAAUAAUUUCCAUUUAUUUGUAUGUUAUGCCAUGCUUCAGCGAAUUAGAAACGAGGUUCUCACUGAAAAGUAUCGAUUUGAUGACAUUUUAAGGUCGUGUAUCGAUCUCUCUGGUCACUUAAAUCUUACAGAAACACUUCAAGAAGCUGAAAAAACCUAUCUGCAUUACAAGAUGCAAUUACAGCAUGAACAAGACAUUUCCGAAAGAAGUUUGUUAUUGUAA